CCAAGAUGUCGUCGUCGAGGAACAAUGCUUCGCAGAGCCAUUACGAGCUCUACAGGAGGAGCAGCAUCGGCAUGCAGCUCACCUCCUCCUUGGACACACUGAUCCAAUCGGGCCACAUCAACCCUGUCCUAGCAAUCCGCGUCCUCCAGCAGUUCGACAAGUCCAUCGCCGAGGUCCUACACGCCAAGAUUAAGGCCAAAGCUACUGUAAAGGGCCACUUGAAGGACUACAAUUCUUGCGACGAGGUUUGGACAUUCAAUGUCAAGGGAAACAUGAAGAUGGAUGGAGGGGAGGAGAUCAGUGUCGACAAGUUGAAGAUUGUGGCAUGCAAGCUCCCAGAGUCAAAGUGAUAUCAACGAGACUCUUUCCUCAAUGUGCGCCAUUACACACCGCCUCCGCCAUCUUCCACCAUACCACCAGCCCGUCGGUCGCUGUACACCUCCAGCCGCCCGCCGUCCUCGCCGCCUUCUCGACUUGACCGCUCUGCACCACCUCAAUUGUACUUUUAAUCACUCCAUGACAUACACUGAAUCUACCCGCUCAAGCAACGUCCCUUCGCUGAAAUGCAUGUCCUGCCUCGCGCACAAACGUGACACUCUGCAAUGCUCCGUCACGAAUCCAAUUACGAUG